GUCAAGCGAACAUAUGUCAGCCUCCUGAACAUUCUUAAACAGAGAGCUUCCCCUCAGUGAAUCUGUACGAGUUUGUUGUUGAGGCAAUGGAGCUGUCUUCGCUUUAUCAGUCCGCUUCGGCGGCGGUUGGCUCUUUGCCUGUGGCCUAUAAACUCUUAUGUGCUGUCUUGGUGGUUUUUACCUUGAAUAAAGCAUUUCAUGGGGCUGAGAGGAAGGGGUAUAAUAAGAAGAAUCUUCCGAGAUAUGCUCCCAUUGAACUUGCAAUUGCGAGUUAUAUUCUUAGCGGAAAUGGUCUAGGUCGACGAAUCUUUUCAGCUUUAAGCCGCUAUGGAGGGUCUCUAUUCGGUCUAACAUCAGGACAUCAAAUCUUUGUCGACUUGCCCGGCGUGGAACGCCUCUUAGCUCAGUCUCAUCACACUUUCAACUCCGAUCCAGCACAGUACUCACUCUGUACUCUUGUCUUCGGCAGCACUGAUACUCCAGAGCUGAGAGCCAAGUUUGAUACAUCAUUGAAAGAUCUUGUUCCUCCUCUUGAGCGAACUUUUCUGAAUGACGCCGCUUCUACAGCCAAUGUUGAAAAGUCUCGUGUUGCGGAACGAGGUGCUUCACUUGUCACAUUCUCUUCUAACCCUAGGGAUAUGGCGCGAUGGGAGCUUUCCGCAGGUAUUAAAGUAAUUCAACCUGAACAGCCAGGUUGUCCGGGAAAAGUCGAAGCGAAUCUACAAAGCUUGACUCGAGACUUUGGAGCUUGCAUGUCUGUUCCUCUCAUCUACGGCCAAGACAUACUCGAUCGGAAUCCUCGGCUGCUAGAUGACUUCUGGACAUUCGAUAAUGACCUAUUUCCACUGCUUAUGGUCGGUGUUCCUAAGUGGGCUCCAUUCAGAAUGAUGCAAGACGGUCUCAAGGCCAGAGCCAGAAUCAUCGAUAGUCUGGAGGCAGUCUACAGACGAGUCGACCAAUAUGAGAAAGGAGAGCCUGUUGAUUUCGGUGCCGAUAUGUCAGAUGUCAGUAUGAUGCUACGAGAACGAAACAAGAUCUACAACAGAGACGGAUGGACAUUUCCUGAACGUGCUGCAGCGGAUCUUGGUACUUUCUGGGGUCUCAACGCCAACGCUCAGCCUGUGUUGUUCUGGUUCCUGCUUUACGUUUAUUCAACUCCUGGCUUGCUUGAACGAAUCAGAGAUGAGAUCUCCCCCUAUAUGACUUUAUCAGAUGGUGACAAACCCGAGAUUAAGUCUAUGGAUUUUCCAAGUUUGUUCCGGAAGUGUCAGCUCUUCAAGGCUUGCAUCUUUGAGACGUAUCGCCUGGUGAACGAGCCAACAUCGAUCCGCUAUGUCACUCAACCCGUCAGCCUGAACGAUGGCAAUCACAAACAUGAACUUAACGAAGGAACAUACAUCAGCGUUCCUCUCGCGUUGAAGAACAAGAACCCUUCGAUAUAUGAGGAUCCUGACACUUUCAUCCCCGAUCGUUUCCUCGAAACAGACCCUGAGACAGGAAAGGCGACGGCACGAUACGGAAAGUUGAAGCCCUGGGGUCUUGGAGCUGCUAUGUGCAAAGGACGAACAUUUGCAGAGAAAGAGAUCAUUUCUCUUGGAUCAGCUGUUGUUAGUCUCUGGGAUAUAAGUCCUGCUGAGGGAGAGUGGAAAUUGCCUGCUAUGAUCCCUGGAACUGGAGUUAAGAGGCCAGUCAAUGACAUACGUGUGGUUAUCACCCGUAAAAGAGUCUUCAAGCCAUUCGAAUAUUGAACCUAACGAACUACGAGAUAAACAGAAGUUUUUCUUUUUGGCAAGCUCUAUGUGUUUUGGAUAUAAGAUCAAGAUUUCAUACCAAAGUUUGGAGGGACAGCUUUCAAUAGAGAUGAGUACAAUACUGUAAAAGAACAUCAUAUGCGUAGUAGUAUAUCAAAGAGCCUGAGUAACUAAACUUUCAUCAUUCAUUAUUAUUAUUCAUUGCUGUCAUAAUGAUAUAUAAAACUCC